GCCACGGGCGUGCUGGGUGUUGUCAUGGUGCUGGUGCUGGUGAUUCUCAUCCCGGUGAUGGUCAGCGCGGCAGGAUCCGACGCGCGCUACGAGAUGCUCGACGCGUGCCGCAUGGUGUGCGAUCCGUACGGAGCCAAGUCUCCAUCACCAGAACCGGCGGACAACCGCUUAGUUCAGUCCCCACCAACUUUCAUCCGCGGUCCGAAAGCAGAGCCAGGGCGCUCAGGAAGGAUCGGUCCGAGGGGUCCGCCGGGUCCGCCCGGACCUCCAGGUCCCCCGGGGGUCAUAGGAGAACCAGGGCCACCUGGAUUACCCGGUCCGCCCGGAGUCACCGGUGUCAUAAGCGCAGCGACGUACAGCACCGUUCCCAAAAUCGCCUUCUACGCAGGACUCAAGAAGCAACACGAAGGCUACGAGGUGCUGAAGUUUGAUGAUGUGGUCACUAACUUGGGCAACCACUAUGACCCCUCGAGUGGUAAAUUCACCUGCUCCAUCCCGGGGAUCUACUUUUUCGUGUAUCACGUAUUAAUGAGAGGUGGUGACGGGACCAGCAUGUGGGCUGAUCUGUGCAAGAAUAAUCAGGUGCGUGCGAGCGCAAUAGCGCAGGAUGCAGAUCAGAACUACGACUAUGCCAGCAACAGUGUGAUAUUACACCUGGAGCCUGGAGAUGAGAUCUACAUUAAACUAGACGGAGGCAAAGCGCACGGGGGAAACAACAACAAAUACAGCACGUUUUCAGGCUUCAUGGUCUACGCCGAUUAAUGCCUGUGGCAUAGACUGCACUUUCAGAUGUACCUCAUUUUGACGUCACAGCGUAAUCAGAGUGAGGUCAGAAAAAGUUUAACCCUGAAGCUUGUGACAUCUCAUCCACGUCAGAGU